GACCCUCUUCACCCACCGUAGACAGGGUGGGACCGGUGCCGAAGUUAAAGCGAGAUGAGGAAAUACAUUUGCGCUUUCCGUGUGGGUCUGGGGAACAGGUCAGUAUUGGACAUUUCUGAUGAGGACUGUAAGAGCUAUUGAAUCGUGUGAAGCUGGAAGAAGUUACACGGGUGGGUGUAAGCAUUUCUGGGGACACAUCUGACUGGAGACGGAGACUGAACAGAAGUUUAGAACAGACCUAGAACACACCAAGACAGAGCCUCCCUGUUGCCAGCUCUUUUCAGAGAACAGAAGAAAAUGCUCCAGGCUCAGCACAUCACACCAUUGAACAGCACGGUGCUGUUACAGGAAUGCCUGACAUUUCAUGAUGUGGCCGUAGACUUCACCUUAGAGGAGUGGCAGCUCCUGGACCCCAAUCAGAAGGACCUGUACAGGGACGUGAUGUUGGAGAACUACAGCAACCUGGUGUCAGUGGGGUAUCAAGCCAGCAAACCAGACACACUCUCCGGGUUGGAACGAGGGGAAGAACCGAGGGCAGUACAGGAUGAAAUGCACCAUGUGGUCUGCCUAGAACUCAGGAGAGUUGAUGAUCCUCUUCAGUGUCACUUGCAAAGUCAAAGCAUUCAGAAGAGUGUGGAACAAUGCCUUGAACAUAAUAUGUUUGCAAAUAUUGUUAAUCAGGGCCAAGGUCAUUUCAUAUUAAAGCAAAACUAUGAUAUGAUUAAGAUAAAUGAAAAACCUUUAAAAUCAAAUUUAAGUAUUAAAAACCUAAACAGCAGCUGUAAAUUAAAGGAUUCUACUGAGUUGAAUGGAGGUGGGACAUCCAUUCUGCAUGCUAACCAUGAACAAUUUUAUACUGAAAUCACAUUGCCUGUCAGUACUGAACCCAUCAAUAAUAAGUCUCAGCAACAGAGAACUCACAAUGUAGAGAAAGCCCACUUAUGCAUUCAGUGUGGGAAAGGCUUCAUAAAGAUGUCUGAGCUCACUGAUCAUCAGAGUUUUCAUACUAGAAACAAAGCUCACGGAUACAGUAUGUGUGGGAAAGCCUUCUCCAGAAAAUUGCGUCUCACUGAACAUCAGAGAAUUCAUACAAGUCUAAAACAGUAUAAAUGCUCUGAAUGUAACAAAACCUUUCUCAAAAUAUCACAGUUCACUAUACACCGGAAAACUCACCAGAAAGAGAAACGUUAUGCGUGUACUGAAUGUGGGAAAGCAUACAUCAAAAACUCUCUACUCAUCAGUCAUCAGCGAACUCAUACAGGAGAGAAACCCUAUGGAUGUAGUCUAUGUGGGAAGACCUUCUAUAUGAAGACUUACCUCAAAAAACAUGAGAAAACUCAUACAGGAGAGAAACCCUACAGAUGUAGUCUAUGUGGGAAGACUUUCUGUAGUAAGACUAAUCUCAAAACACAUGAGAAAACUCACACAGGAGAGAAACCUUAUACGUGCAGUGAAUGUGGAAAAGGCUUCAUCAAGAAAAGCCAUCUUAUUAUACAUCAUCGUACUCAUACUGGAGAGAAACCCUUUGUAUGCAGUGAAUGUGGUAAGACCUUCCAUAGAAAGACAAUUCUCACUGAACAUCAGAGAAUUCAUACAAGAUUAAAUCAGUAUAAAUGCACUAAAUGUGACAAAACCUUCCCCAAAAUAUCACAGUUCAAUAUACACCAGAAAACUCACAAGAAAGAGAAACGUCAUGCGUGUACUGAAUGUGGGAAAGCAUACAUCAAAAACUCUCUACUCAUCAGUCAUCAGCGAACUCAUACAGGAGAGAAACCCUAUGGAUGUAGUCUAUGUGGGAAGACCUUCUAUGUGAAAACUUACCUCAAAAAACAUGAGAAAACUCAUACAGGAGAGAAACCCUAUGGAUGUAGUUUAUGUGGGAAAACCUUCUGUAUGAAGACUUACCUCAAAAAACAUGAGAAAACUCACACAGGAGAGAAACCCUAUGGAUGUAGUCUAUGUGGGAAGACCUUCCAUAGAAAGACUUAUCUCAAAAAACAUGAGAAUACUCAUACAGGAGAGAAACCCUACAGAUGUAGUCUAUGUGGGAAGACUUUCUGUAGUAAGACUAAUCUCAAAACACAUGAGAAAACUCACACAGGAGAGAAACCUUAUACGUGCAGUGAAUGUGGAAAAGGCUUCGUCGAGAAGAGCUAUCUUAUUGUACAUCAUCGUACUCAUACUGGAGAGAAACCCUUUGUAUGCAGUGAAUGUGGUAAGACCUUCCAUAGGAAGAGAGUUCUCACUGUUCAUCAGAGAAUUCAUACAAGACUAAAUCAUUAUAAAUGCACUAAAUGUGACAAAACCUUCCCCAAAAUAUCACAGUUCAAUAUACACCAGAAAACUCACAAGAAAGAGAAACUGUAUGUGUGUACUGAAUGUGGGAAAGCAUACAUCAAAAACUCUCUACUCAUCAGUCAUCAGCGAACUCAUACAGGAGAGAAACCCUAUGGAUGUAGUCUAUGUGGGAAGACCUUCUAUAGAAAGACUUAUCUCAGAAAACAUGAGAAAACUCAUACGGGAGAGAAACCUUAUAAAUGCAAUGAAUGUGGAAAGGGUUUCUCACAGAAGAACAGGUUGACUGUACAUCAACGGAUUCAUACAGGAGAGAAACCUUAUAGAUGCAGUGAAUGUGGAAAAGGCUUCAUCGAUAAAAGCUAUCUUAUGGUACAUCAUCGUACUCAUACUGGAGAGAAACCCUUUGUAUGCAGUGAAUGUGGUAAGACCUUUCAUAGAAAGACAAGUCUCACUGCACAUCAGAGAAUUCAUACAAGACUAAAUCAGUAUGAAUGCACUGAACAUGACAGAACCUUCCCCAAAAUAUCACAGUUCACUAUACACCGGAAAACUCACCAGAAAGAGAAACGUUAUGUGUGUACUGAAUGUGGGAAAGCAUACAUCAAAAACUCUCUGCUCAUCAGUCAUCAGCGAACUCAUACAGGAGAGAAACCCUAUGGAUGUAGUCUAUGUGGGAAGACCUUCUAUAGAAAGGCUUAUCUCAAAAAACAUGAGAAAACUCAUACAGAAGAGAAAUCUUAUAAAUGCAGUGAAUGUGGAAAGGGUUUCCCAAAGAAGAACAGGUUGAUUGUACAUCAACGGACCCACACAGGAGAGAAACCGUAUAGAUGUAGUGAAUGUGGAAAAGGCUUCAUUGACAAGAGUUACCUUAUUGUACAUCAUCGUAUGCAUACUGGAGAGAAACCCUUUAUAUGCAGUGAAUGUGGUAAGAUCUUCUCUAGAAGUGUAAAUCUCACUAUACAUCAGAGAAUUCAUACAGGUCUAAAACAGUAUGAAUGCACUGAAUGUAACAAAACCUUCCCCAAAAUAUCACAGUUCAAUAUACACCGGAAAACUCACAAGAAAGAGAAACGUUAUACAUGUACUGAAUGUGGAAAAGCAUACAUCAAAAACUUUCUGCUCAUCAGUCAUCAGCGAACUCAUACAGGAGAGAAACCCUAUGGAUGUAGUCUAUGUGGAAAGACCUUCUAUAUGAAGACUUACCUCAAAAAACAUGAGAAAACUCACACAGGAGAGAAACCCUAUGGAUGUAGUCUAUGUGGGAAGACUUUCUGUAGUAAGCCUAAUCUCAAAACACAUGAGAAAACUCAUACAGGAGAGAAACCUUACAAAUGCAAUGAAUGUGGAAAGGGUUUCUCACAGAAGAACGGGUUGAUUGUGCAUCAAUGGACUCAUACAGGAGAGAAACCUUAUAGAUGCAAUGAAUGUGGAAAGGGUUUCUCACAGAAAAACAGGUUGAUUGUACAUCAACGGACUCAUACAGGAGAGAAACCUUAUAGAUGCAGUGAAUGUGGAAAAGGCUUCAUCGAGAAGAGCUAUCUUAUUGUACAUCAUCGUACUCAUACUGGAGAGAAACCCUUUGUAUUCAGUGAAUGUGGUAAGACAUUCCAUAGAAAGACAGUUAUCACUGUACAUCAGAAAACUCAUACAGGAGAGAAGCCCCAUGGAUGCAGUCUACACAGGAAAGGCUUUGGUAAAAAGUCUACCCUCAAAAUACAUGGGGAAACUCAUACAGGAGAGAAACCUUUUUUAUGCAAUGAAUAUGGGAAAGGCUUCUCAGUGAAGUUCUGCCUCAUCAGACAUCAGCAAAUUCACACAGAAGAGAAGCCCUAUGUGUGUAGUAUUUGUGGAAAAGGCUUAACCAUGAAGCAUGACCUCACUGUACAUCACCGAAGUCACAUGUCAGAAAAACCAUGUAUGUGAGAUGAAUUUGGAAAAGGCUUCACGGAAAAGUCAUCUAAUUGUACAUCAGCAAAUUUACAAGGAGAGAAACCCAAUCUAUGCACUGAAUGUGCACAAGUCUUCUGGGUGAAAAUGCAGCUGAUUGUACAUGAACAGACUCAUACAGAAACCUUGUAUAUAUAAUGAAUGUGGGGAAAGAUUGACAGCUAAGUGUAAUCUCAUCAGACAUCAGCUAAAACAUGGGAGAGAAGCCUUAUGUAUAUAGUGUGUGUAGAAAAGGCUUGACCAUGAACUGAUCUCACUUUAUAUUAGUGAACUCAUAAUUGAGAAAAAAACAUAUAUGCAAUGAAUGUGGGAAAGGCCUCACCAUGAAGAGUCAUUUAUUUUUUUAAUGAGUUUUAAUUGUAUUUUUUUCUAUUACCAUUUAGUCCCCUUAUACCUCCCUUCCCCCACCAGUCACCACACUGUUGUUCAUGUCAGUGAAUCCUUUUUCCUCAAUUCCACCACCCACUACACUCCCCCUUUAGCUGUGAUCCUGCUUUCUAUGAGUCUGCCUCUAUUUUGCUUGUUUUUUUUUUCAGUUCAUUAGAUUCUACAUAUGAGUGAAAUCAUAUGGUAUUUGUCUUUCUCUGACUAGCUUAUUUCACUUAGCACAAUGAU